UUUAGUAAUGGUGGAAUUAUACCACCCUUGGCUCAAGAUCUACAUAGAAAAAAUAUUACCAGAGUUUGCGAAACAGCCUUGAAAUCUGCAGAUAUGAGAUUGAGAGAUAUCGAUGCAAUUGCAGUUACAGUAAAACCAGGAAUUCCAACAUCUUUGCUGAUAGGAUUAAAUUUUGGCAAGUAUUUGUCAGAAGUUGGAUGCAAACCAUUAAUCCCGAUUCACCACAUGGAAGCUCAUGCUUUAACAGCAAGGAUAGUAGAAAAAAUAGAAUUUCCAUAUCUUACCCUUUUGAUAUCAGGUGGUCAUUGCUUACUUGCAAUUGUUGAAAAUGUAGACAAAUUUUACUUACUUGGAACCACUAUGGACAUAGCACCAGGUGACAUUUUGGACAAGGCAGGGCGUAGGAUGAAACUGAACAAUAUUCCAGACUUUCAAAAUAUGUGUGGUGGCGCUGCCAUUGAGCUUGCUGCUAAUCAAGCAACUGAUAUGGAACAAUUUCAAUUUCCAUUGACUUUGAUGCACCAGAAAGAUUGCAAUUUUAGUUAUACUGGAUUGCUUAAUACAAUUUAUUUGUAUAUUAAUGAACAAGAAAAGGAGCAUAACAUACAGGGUGAUAUGAUCAUUCCAGAUGUUUACAAUCUGUGUGCAGGGAUUCAAUUUACUAUUGCUCGUCAUUUAUGCCAUAGGACCCAAAGAGCAAUGGAGUUUUUUAAUAGUUCACAUAUGGUACCUGAAGGAAAUCGAACACUAGUAGUUUCUGGUGGGGUGGCAUCCAAUAAUUUCUUUGCAAAAUCACUGAGUUUUUUAUGUUCUGAAAUGGGGUACAAGUUUUUCAGGCCACCUCAUAAACUGUGUACAGACAACGGAAUUAUGGUUGCAUGGAAUGGAAUGGAAAGAUGGAAGAUAAAUUCUGGAGUACUAACUACUCCUGAUGAAAUUGACAAACUUAAGGUUGAACAUAAAUCACCGCUAGGAACAGAUUGGAGAGAAUAUGUAAUAGAUAAGAAUAUAAAAUGUACAUGGGUGAAAGUAAAACGAGCACACGCCAAUUGAUAUAAGUUUGGAUUUUUAACAAAAUAAUUGCUUUUCUAUUUUCCUUCUUUAGAUAAAAGGUGAAUUAUAACGUCCUAUAUAAAAAUUCAGUCUUUAUUACACAAUAUUACCAAAUGUUUG